AUGAGAAGCCCGGUAGAAGCGGCUCGAAAAGCCCCUGCACGACCACAAAAGAAACCAAAAUCGGUCACAUUCACUGGGUGCUGGACAUGCAGAUCUCGAAAGGUCAAGUGCGAUGAGCGCCGACAGAACGGAUGUGGGGUCUGUCAGAAGUCUGGCUUACAGUGUGCAGGAUACGGGGUUAAUUUAUGCUGGGUAUAUGGAAAGAAGCAAAACUCCCAAGGUUUCAAACGCAGGCAGAUUGGACUAGAUCAGGCGUGUUCGCCAAGUAUUCCAGAAAGCGAGGUCAAUCGCAUGUUGUCUGAGAUUGAUACCAUCUUCUUUCCUUCCAAGACUAUGAGAGUAGGUCCCUUUGCAGUAUUUUUCAAGGGUGAGGCUUCUUGUGAUGUGCCUGUUGCCCCAGAGGUACUCCAGGAGAGUUCUGCUCGCCAUCGUGAAUCUCUCGAGCCAGAUGACUCUGCCAGAGUUAUAUCAGAUAUCUCUCAAGAUGACUAUUUCCUACCAAACGAAAGCGGUUUUGAAAUGAGUGACCUCAUGCAAGAGAAUCAAUUGAUUCCAAGUUCAAGCUGGGAACAAAAUACCCUUCCAAGAACGCCUUCGCCACAUCUCGAGAUUUCAAUGCCAUUCUUCAGAAACGCCAAAGUAUCGAUGCUAAUGUUCCACUACAAGAAUCAUGUUGCGGACUUGCUACAACCAGUAUUUCAUCCACGCAAUCCAUGGCGAACAACAUAUUUCCCAUACGCACUCGAAGGGUGCCCAGAUCUUUUUCUUGCCCAGAAUGGGGGGCCUGCCUCAGCAGUUUCCAUCUCGCUUUUUCACAGCUUGCUAUCAUCAGCUGCAUUCCAUCUACGGAAUAUGCAGGGUGGUUCUGCGAGUUACCACAAGCUCGGCCUUCAACACAGGACCAAAUCUCUCCAGGCGCUCAAUGCCGCUCUGACAAGUCCAAAAGACUCUCAGCAACACACUGUAUUUCUAACAGCCAUGUUAUCUUUGGUAACCAUUGACACAAUGACCGGUGAAGACUCUGAUUUCCCAAUCCACUUGAAGGGUUGCAAACAGCUACAAACGCCGAAUUUGAACGCAGGGACAUUUGAAGAUUCAAAUCAUCAAGUCAACACCAUUUGCAAUUUCUUAAGUCUCCUAGCUCGGACAACCGUACACGAACUAGAACCCAAACCCUGGCCAACCACCGCUUUACUCUUCGAACCUCCUUAUUUCGAUUAUAACGACAGAAGCGUCGAGUAUAUGUAUGGCAUCACUCCAACAUUAGGAAACCUCCUACAAAAGGUUUGCCAACUAGCGGAAUAUCUAGCUUUCUAUCAGGGAAAGAAAGUGCCACCCAUAUUACAAGAAGCCUGCAUCACCCUGCGCGACCAAAUCGCCCAGUGGGACAUUGAAUCCGAGUCAUCCUACCUGCUGAAAUCCAAUGAGCAGACCAUGUUCGAGAUAGUGCGAUGCCAAGCUCGCGCAUUUCACAGCGCAAUUACGAUAUUCUGCUACCAGACAAUCGAAAAUUGCGGCGCGGCUAGCAUGCAAAGACGUGUCAACGUGGUUUUGGAGAAUCUCACUCUUGCCGAGGACUUGAAAGAUGAAUAUCUCGGUGGCGAAAAACGAGCAGCGCCCAUGUCUUGGCCUGCUUUUAUUGCUGCAUGCGAAGCAACCGACCGAGUGCCUUGGGUGGAAUGGUGGGAGCGGAUACAGGGAUACUCGAUGGGCAACUUUAAGAGACAGUGGAAGGUCAUUCUCGAAAUCUGGGCAAUCAUGGAUGCAGAUCCGAAUGUGCUUGGUUGGAGAGAUGCGUUGAAACAAUCUGGGAAAUUGGUCUUGCCAAUAUGA